AUGGCCGCCGCAAUUCCUGUUUUUACGAUCUAUAAUGCCAUGAUUUUAUGCCAAAUCCCUGACACUGGGAAUUUCCAAGGUCAAACUGACGCUCAACGUAUGGCAGAAGAGCUCUUUGACAACGAUCAACGUAUGGCAGAAGAGCUCUUUGACAACGAUUUUGGCACUGCCAUGACCAAGUCAAUCAAGCAAGUAUGCAAGGACGAAUUGUGUCAAGACCAAGGGCUCAAGACCGAAUCAGAGCAUUUGUACAGUGGAUUCGCGAUGAAAUUCGGAUGGGCAGGAACCCUGCACAACACCCUUUCCUAG